ACAGUUAUACAAAUUACAUUAUAUAAAUUAUACUACACAAAUCCGAAAACUUGUGCCUGGAGAGAAAUUAAUACUAACGCAUAACUUAUACAUAUAUAUUAGAUAAUACUAUCAUUCUGCAUUAAUACUCUGAUAAGUUUUUAGUUUUAACCAUUACAGAGCAUUUCAAAACAGAGCUCUUCUCAACUAGUAGUAUUCAAGAAUCAAGAACUGAUUUUUCUGUUCUAAUUUUUUGUUUUCUUGGAUUCUCAUUGAUCUUUUAUCCCUGGUGAGGAGUUAGUCCCCUUCUUCCCAUUGAUUUUUCCAGCUCAUACAUAAUAGGUGAAACAUGUCUGCUUACUUCUACUGUGGUGGCUGCGGAGCUCGAAUUGCAUUCGUCCAGGAUUACGCUCACCCUGGAGACGACAUAGAGAAUUCAAGGUUCUUUACUAAAGUGUUUAAUGUUGAAGUAGCAGAGGACGAGCAAUAUAAUCCAGUAUUAAAUGGCAUGAACCUAGCCACGACUUUCUGUGGCAAAUGUAGAACCCCGAUCGGGUGGAGAGUUAUUGCAGUCUCCGAUCUGUCUAAUAGUCAUAAAGUAGGAGGAUUCUAUAUGAGAGUGAAAUGGCUUCAUGAAAUGAAUCAUGAUAAAUAUAGAGACAGAACUGAGGGAUAUGGAGACUCUACUGAAGAAGAACUGGGUGCUAAUGAGAGAAAUCUUGAUCAAGAUGGAAGCACAACUGAGCGAUAUGAAGACUCUACUGAACCAGAAGUGGGUGCUAAUCAGCCAAAUUUUGAUCAAGAUGGAGGUGUUAAUGAGCAAAAUUUUGAUCAAGAUGGAGGUGAUAAUGAGCAAAAUUUUGAUCAAGAUGGAGGCUUUAAUGAGCUAAAUUUUUAUCCAGAUGGAGGCGUUAAUGAGCAAAAUUUUGAUCAAGAUGGAGGUGAUAAUGAGCAAAAUUUUGAUGAAGAUGGAGGCUUUAAUGAGCUAUUUUUUGAUCAAGAUGGAGGCGUUAAUGAGCAAAAUUUUGAUCAAGAUGGAGCUGAUAAUGAGCAAAAUUUUGGUCAAGAUGGAGGUGAUAAUGAGCAAAAUUUUGAUCAAGAUGGAGGCUUUAAUGAGCUAAAUUUUUAUCCAGAUGGAGGCGUUAAUGAGCAAAAUUUUGAUCAAGAUGGAGGUGAUAAUGAGCAAAAUGUUGAUCAAGAUGGAGGCGUUAAUGAGAUAUAUUUUGAUCAAGAUGGAGGCGUUAAUGAGCAAAAUUUUGAUCAAGAAGGAGGUGAUAAUGAGCAGAAUUUUGACCAAGAUGGAAACGCUAAUGAGCUAAAUUUUGAUCAAGAUGGAGGCCUUAAUGAGCAAAAUUUUGAUGAAGAUGGAGGUGAUAAUGAGCAAGAUUUUGAUGAAGAUGGAGGCGUUAAUGAGCAAAAUUUUGAUGAAGAUGGAGGUGAUAAUGAGCCAAAUUAUGAUCAAGAUGGAGGCGUUAAUGAGCAAAAUUUUGAUCAAGAUGGAGGUGCUGAUGAGCGAAAUUUUGAUCUAGAUGGAGGCGGUAAUGAGCAAAAUGCUGAUGAACAUGUAAGCGGUAAUGUGCAAAAUGUUGGUCAAGAUGGAGGCGAUAAUGAGCAAAACGCUGAUGAAGAUGGAAGCAGUAAUGAGAGAAAUGUUGGUCCAGAUGGAGGCCCGCCAAUGAAACGACCGAAGAUAUAGAUCAAGUGUCUGAUGGAAUAGAUAAUAUUGAUAGCCGACUCAUGCUGAUAUUCUGCUAUAGAAAAUGCUAUAAUUCAUAAUUGUGUGAUAUUCUGUUUUCCAUUUAUAUUUUGAGAUUGCACUGCAGCAUAGUA